GGUGUCAUAUAUUUUCUUAGAUAGUUAUUAAUGUUCUAAGUAUAGUUCUAUGAUCUUUAUCUUCUCGAGGUUAGGUCUUUUAGCACCACGUUUAACUUACUGUAGUGUUAGUAAACAGUAAUUUUUCUAUUUUACUCAAACCAAUAUAAGAUGGGUGCCACCAAGAAACAGAAAAAGGCUAUUGAAAGUAUCAACAGUAGACUGGCCCUUGUAAUGAAAUCCGGCAAAUACUGCUUGGGUUAUAAGCAGACUUUGAAGACACUGAGACAGGGAAAAGCAAAACUUAUCAUCAUUAGCAAUAAUACACCACCCCUAAGGAAAGGUGAAAUUGAAUAUUAUGCAAUGUUAGCGAAGACUGGAGUACAUCAUUACACUGGAAAUAAUGUUGAAUUAGGAACUGCCUGUGGUAAAUAUUUCAGAGUGUGCACAUUGUCAAUAACCGAUGCAGGAGAUUCUGAUAUUAUAAAAUCUUUGCCAACAGGAGAUGGAACCCAAUAAAUUUGUAAUAUACUCCAAUAAAUUUUAUAUUUAUUA